UUGACCCAAACAUGAAGACAACCUUUGUACUUGUAUGAUGUCGAAUCAGUGGUUGGUAUUUAGGUUGUUAGUUAACACUGAGUAGUACGAGAUUGAAAGCAAAUGUAGAAUGAGAGGAUCAGUGUAGAUAAGUGUGAACUGUGAAGAGGUUAUCAUGGGUUCCACUUGCACUCUGUUGCUUUUGAACACAGCUUCACCUUUGUCUUUGUCUUCCAAAAUCGUGAGAACCCCUUUUCUCAAUUCAGUUAAUGCCUCUUUUGCUCUUCCAAAACUGGGAGGAAGGAAAAGAAGAAGAAGAAGAAAAUGGAGAUGCGUUUGUGAGAGCGGUGAGAACCAGUCAAUUACAGUAGCUUCACAUGCUACCACAAGCGUCGAGGAUGAUAACGUUGUUGAGUCAGCUUCGAUGGUGGUGAGGAAUUUCUAUGGAGGAAUCAAUGCGCAUGACGUGGAUUCUGUAGAGUACCUUAUCGCCGAGAAUUGUGUGUAUGAAGAUCUUGUCUUUCCCCACCCCUUUGUGGGUCGUAAGGAAAUUCUAGAGUUCUUCAAAAAAUUCACUAAUUCUACCAGCAGGGAUCUGCAGUUUGUUAUUGAUGAUUUGUCCACCGAGGACUCCUCGUCCGUUGGGGUGAUAUGGCAUUUAGAAUGGAAGGGAAAGCCUUUUCCCUUUAGCAAAGGGUGCAGUUUUUAUCGUCUAGAAGUGAUCAAUGGCAAGAGACAAAUAACAUAUGGGCGAGACAGUGUUGAACCUGCAAUCAAGCCUGGGGAAGCAACUUUGGCUGCGAUCAAAAGUGUGACAUGGCUUCUGCAACAAUUUCCUCAGUUGGCAAACUGGUUAUAGAGAAAAUUCUACAUUCAAUUUGGAAGGGGAAUGUCCCUCCUUUCUUCCUUAUACAAUUUGAUUGUAGUUGGAUUGUGUAACACAAUAUUCCCCAACCCACAGACAGAGUGCAAGUGUUUGUGUGUGUAUAUAGAACUAUUUUUUUAAUUUGUAUGCAAUGUUACAUAUGAUAUAUAGUACUGUUAAAUACUAUAAUUUUUAAUAAAAAUUUACUAUAUG